GCAAACCAACUGCCUUCUCUCUCUCUCUUCUUUAACAGCCAUAAUUUUUUAGUCUCUUCUCUCUUAGCCACUUACUCUCUUUAUCUCUCUCUCACUAUUUUUUCCCCCCAAAAAAACCAAAAACACACAAAAACACACACACACACAAAAACCUCCUUAUUCAUUCCCCCACAAAUGGAAGCUCCUGAAUAUUUCCAGAUCAAUGCCUACUCUUCCCAAUUCUCUUCCCCCGACCACGCCGACGCCAGCACCACCGCCGCUGCUGCACCUGAGCAUUUCAUCGUCGAGGAGCUUCUUGAUUUCUCCAACAACGAAGAUGACGCUGUCUUUACUGACGCUGGUGGAGGAGGAGGAGGUGGAGGAUUGUUUUACAACAACAAUAAUACUACUUCUAAUGACCAUAACAAUAAUAAUAAUUCAGCGGAAUCUUCCGCCAUUACCGUGAUGGAGAGUUGCAAUUCCUCUUCCUCCUUCUUUGAAGAUAUUAGUGGCUCUAAUUUAGGCGAUGCCCAUUUCUCCAGCGAACUCUGCGUUCCGUAUGACGAUUUAGCUGAGCUGGAAUGGCUUUCAAACUUUGUAGAGGAAUCAUUUUCCAGCGAGGACAUGCAAAAGUUAGAACUCCUCUCCGGAGUCAAAGUCAAAUCCGAUGAAAUCCCCGCUCAAUCUCCACAACCCACCGCCACUCGAACCGCAGCAGCAAUUUUCAAACCGGAAAUUGUUUCCGUUCCAGCCAAAGCUCGUAGCAAACGAUCACGUGCCCUCCCAUCUAAUUGGAACAACUCCAGUCUCCUUCCUCUUUCUCCGACUGCCGAACCCGAAAUUACUGCACCCAUUGGACAACCAUACUCCAUCAAAAAACCUCUUCCCAAGGUCGCUGCUACAGCGAAGAAGAAGGACAAUCCAGAUGUAGGAUUUUCAUCCGGGGAGGGGCGUAAGUGCAUGCACUGCGCUACCGACAAGACACCCCAGUGGCGGACUGGCCCAAUGGGUCCAAAAACAUUGUGUAAUGCUUGUGGCGUUCGGUACAAAUCCGGCCGUCUGGUACCGGAGUACCGACCCGCCGCAAGCCCCACCUUUGUUUUAACGAAGCACUCCAAUUCUCACCGAAAAGUUUUGGAACUUCGACGACAAAAGGAGAUUCUUAGAGCACAACAACAGCAACAACAACAUUUGCUUUUGGAUCAUCGUCAGGAUAUGAUCUUUGAUGCAUCCAAUGGUGAUGAUUAUCUCAUUCAUCAACAUGUGGGUCCCGACUUUCGACAGAUGAUCUAAUCGUUGUCGAUAGGGAUAGAGUCCGACGAAUAUGAUUCAUUUUUUGUUUUUCUUGA